AUGUCGCUUUCACUCCUUCUGCUCACCCACAUCCAUACUGCAGUGGGAAGUGCACUACUUCCACGUCCUUGCCCUCCCGGACGCUUGUUUGCGUGCCAGCUCGCGAAUGGAUGGAGUGUGCCGCACGAAUUUCUCGUUCAAGAGCUACAGAGGUUGGAUGAAAUUCUGUAUGGCCCCCUGCCGUCGGAGUUUGUUUCUCAGAAGCCCGAACCCGAAUUUGCUGUAAAUUCAGUAGCAAGCAGAGCUACAAGGCCUUCAUGUGUGGAAGGAAAGUCAAGCCUAAAGUGGCAAGAGCAUCCUGCAGUGAGAGCAAGAACACGUCGCCAGAUUCGUACAACAGCCUGGGAUCGAUGCAGCAUGGUCAUUGUGGCAUGUUUGAUUGUGUGCCAGAGGCGCAAACUGCCAGUGCGUUUCACUUCAGCAGCGACUGCACCACCCCAGCGUCUCUUACAGACACAAGCGAAAGCAUCCACAAGGGUUCGAGGAUCCCAGCAGCAGACACCGCCACCCGGCAGACCAUUGCAGACAGUGAAAAUGGCAUUCCCACCAACUAUGCCACCACCACCUUCACGGCCACCGCCACCGCCAGUGAAAGUAGCGCCAUCAAUGCGGCCACUAUUCACACAGCCACCGCCCACCCUCCCUCAGCAGGCGGCAGCAGCAACACCACAGCAUUUCCAUCCAACCGCACAUCCACCACCCGGGAGGCCACCGCCAUUGCAGGUCAAAGCACUGCCAGUACCUCCGCCAACGGCAGCUUCACGAUUGCGAGGCUUACCAUCCUUCCAUGCAAAUUUCGAGCUGGGGCGUUUGCUCGGCAAAGGGGGCUUUGGAGCAGUGCACAAGUGCAAAAGCCACGCAAACAGCGCAAAGUUCGCAGUGAAGCUACUGCCAGUUGCAGAUGCAAGAGCUUGCAUGAAGGAACUUGACAUUUGCCAUGGGCUCCGGCACCCAAACAUCAUCCGGUGUCACGAUCUUUACUACAAACCCAGCAUGCUAUGCAUAGUCUUUGACCUCUAUGCAUGCGAUUUGGAGAAUGCCCUGGAGUCCGUGAACGGCCGUGCUGAACCUUCCUCAAUGGUGUGCUUCAUGCGGCAAAUGGUUGCUUCGGUAGCUUUUUUGCACGAACAGGGGGUCAUGCACAGAGACAUCAAGGAGCCCAACUUCUUGCUGACGGCUAGGCGUAUGAGUUCUGACGUUACGGUCGUUCUUGCUGAUUUUGGACUGGCUGGACUUUUGUCAGAAGGAUUGGAGAUGGCAGAUGUGGUUGGCACAGAUGGGUAUAUGGCUCCAGAGUGCUUGGCGGGAAAGAGUUCAUACAGGACAGAUGUUUUUGCCCUGGGAGUUACGUUUUUUCGCAUGUUGACAAUGAGAUUUCCAUUUCAAAGUGAUGCAGGGGCAUGGCGAUUGCUGCAACCAUUGCCCCGACAUGUGCACCCUCUGCGUGAAGAAAUGGUGCUUGACAUGCUGAAGAAGGAGCCAUGCCACAGGCCACAGGCAAAGACAUUGCUCGAUAAUUUCCCCUGUUGGGAAAACUUCCCUGACAUUUCGGAGCAGCCUGCCACUAAAAAUAAUGGGCGUGGUCAAGGCAGGAAGUGGAGCUUGAAGUAA